AGGAGGAUAGAGGGGGAGGUCACAGUGGACAAAUAAAAGAGCAAGGCAAGAAAAAGAAGGCCUCCUUCCUCCCCACCUGUUCACCUCCUCUCCUUUUUCCCUCACCAUUAAUUUGGUUGCCCAAUGGACUCCUCCUUCCGAUUGGAUUGUACAGAUUCCAACCUACACACCCAUCCCACCUUGUAAAAUUUCCCCUUUUCCUCUCCAUCCUUCCAUUUACUCUCCACCUCUGUCCUCCUUCUUUCCUCCCUUUCCCCUCCUCCCCCCCCCCCCCCCCACCUCUCUCUCUCUUUCUUUGGUCUUCUGGACUGAAUAGAAGAAUUCUGGAACUUUAUGCUGGUGGUGGCUAUUGAAAAGGGGGGUUGUACUUUGGUUUUACUAUGUCCGGAGUCUUUUGAGGACUCUCAGUGAUAUUGGUUUGGGGACUGCAAGAAGAUGCCAUGGAACUCUCUUUAAUUUAGCAUAAAUUCUCACAUAAAGAACAGUUUUUUCCCCCUCCUCUCUUUCUUUUUCCUGUGUUGAUUUUUAUUGGGAUCUAAAGGGAAGGGGAAACAAGGGUUACGAAUGGGAAAGCAAGGACCUUGCCACCAUUGUGGAGUUACAAGUACCCCUCUCUGGCGGAAUGGACCACCUGAAAAGCCAGUUUUAUGCAAUGCAUGUGGUUCCAGGUGGAGAACCAAGGGUUCAUUGACAAACUAUGUACCACUGCAUGCUCGUGAAGUUUUUGAUUCGGAUGAGUUAAAAGUUCCAAAAAUCAAAAGUGUCCCCAUCAAACCGAAAAAUGAGAAGUUGCAAAAGAUACAACAAGGCAAUCAUAAAUUGGAAAGUGAAUGUGAAAUGCAGUAUUGUGACCAGAACUUCCACAAGAUUGUAGAGGGAGAUAUAAGCAAUCGAUCCAGCUCUGGGUCAGCCAUUUCAGGUUCAGACAGCUGUUUACAUUUUGGCACCAAUGAUGCAAGUGACCUAACAGGUUCAGUGCAGUCAAACGUAUGUGAUUCAAUAGCACCAUCUAAGAAGAUAUUUAUGACUCGUCCUAAACUUUCUGUAGAAAAGCUCACAAAGGACCUAUAUUCCAUUUUGCAUGAAGAACAAGCUUCUAAUCUGUCCAGAUCCUCAGAAGAUGAUCUACUUUAUGAAAGUGGAACUGCACUUGGAUCUUUUGAGAUCGGGUAUGGAGGUGUACUCAUUAAACAUCCAAAUUCAGAAUCAGUAGACGAGGAAUCAGAAGCUAGCUCAUUUCCAGUAGAUAAAUCAUACAUUAUGAAUGAAGGUUAUUCAGGUUUGUCAUACUUUCCUGUAAAUAUUGAAAGCAAAGGCACAAGUCUUCUAAAUUCUGGUACUGACACAAUGAAAUCUACAACAGAAAUGGCCCAAGACAGUGCCAAAAGGGUUAAAAUUUCGACUGAAAAGUUAAAUAUCCUGCAAGAUAGAGUUUCUUCCCUAAGUUCUGCAGACUUGAAUGUUAUCAUUAACUUUGAGAGUUUCAUGAAAUAUCUGACACAUGACGAACAGCAAUUGUUGAUGAAAUAUCUACCAUCUAUAGACAAUGUCAAACCUCCUGAAAGCCUCAAAAGCAUGUUUACCAGUCCCCAGUUCUUGGAGACAUUAUCUUACUUCCAGCAACUGCUUCAAGAAGGAACUUUUGAUCUCUCCAUGUCCGUAGCAGAUGCUGAACAGCGUAGGACUUUAAAUAGGCUUGUGUCACUAAAUUGUACAAAGUUUCAGUGGUUAGACCAGUGUCAGAAAGUAAAGGAUGCACCCUCUAAGAAGAUAAAAGGAGGAAAUGGAAUAUCAAGCAGACAAAGACUUCCUGGUCUUUCCAUUUCAGCAUCCCUAAAAAGGCAUCAUGACAGGCAAAAUCAGAGUUAUUCAGGGAUGAAAAGCACCAUGAGAAGCCCUAAAAGAGUGUGCAGAUCAGGGUGCACAAAUCCUCCUUCAAGAUGUUUUACUCGGCCAAAUUCUAGUUUAAUUACCAGAGAAGCUGGUGACAUGGGGGACUUUGUCGACCAUGAAGGUGCAUGCUUCAGCCCGAGAAGAAUUUUUGCAUCCCCUCCCGAUAGGAGCUCCAUGCAGUUCAUUGCUGACAGUUCUGAAGGUGAUGUGCUUCUGGAUGUGCCUUCUGGUGUAUCAUUUCCUGAAGCAGAACUCUUGUACGAUCCAUGGGAACAGAAAACAAGCCAAAUUGGUUCGCCAACAAUGAGUGGAGUGGAAGCUUCUGUUCUCCCAUCUUCGAGUUUCGCCAAUAAAUAGUCUUGAAAAGGCACUGAUAACAGAGUAAUGUGUAGCCAACUUGCUUACUUCCCUUUGGAUAUAACUGAAGGACCGGUGCCUGAAUGAUGAGUGUAACAGUCUUGCUCUUUCCCCCUUUGGGUAUAACUGAAGUCUAUGUUUUGGAGUAUGCUGAGAACUGGCAAUUGAUUGACUUUUGUGCUGGCUUGGCCUUGUUUCUUUCUUGUAUAGCUUGGCAAGAUGGUUGUAACAUAACUCGAGAGUAAAGGAGGAACAUGUACAAACAGUAAAGGGGUGGAGUUGCAGAAUUUAUAUGUAUUGCCAUUAAAAUUCA